AUGUCGAGCACGCGGUCGCCGACCGGGAUCACGUGGCAGUUCGAGAGCAACGACGACCGCGCCGCCCGCGGCGCGGCGUCGCCGUCCGCGGCCGCGCGCGUGGAUGACGACGGUGUCCACUUCGCGCGGAGCGAUCCGUGCUACUACGGCGACCGUCGCGAGUUCCGACGCGCGUGCGUCGGCGCGUUCAGAGACGCCGAGCUGCUCCAGAGCUUCGGCGUGGACGACUACACCGCGACGAUGUUCUUCGAUCGCGUCUACGACUCGUACGGCAAGGUGCCGUACCACUGCGCGAACCACGCGAAGGACGUGCUCCUCGCCGCGCACGCGCUGAUGCGAGAGGUGAUCGCCGAGGGGCACGGGCCGUUCACGGACGUCGAGCGGCUCGCGCUGUACGUCGCCGCGGUCGGGCACGACGCCGGGCACUUCGGGGUGAACAACGACUUCCUCAAGAACAGCGAUCACCCGCUCCUGGCGGUGUACCCGACGAGCACGCUGGAGCGCUAUCACGCGCACAUCAUGACCGAGCACGUGCGCGAUCCCGAGUACGGGGUGUCGCGAUUUAUUUCCGAGGCGAACGGCGACCGCGCGCGGUUCGAGAGCUUGAUGCGCGAGAUCAUCCUAGCGACGGACAUCAGCGCGCACAAGGGGAUCCUGGGCGGGUUCGCGCACUGGGUCGACGAGAUCGGACGCGAGCGCCGCGAGAGCGGGAACGAGGAGGAGGCGGAGGCGGAGGACGGCGACGACGACGACGACGACGACGCGACGGAGAGCCGCGGCGAGAUCAGUCCCGCGCUCGCGAACCGCGCCGAUCGAUCGAGAUCGAGAUCGAGCCGCCGCCGCGGGUGGGUCUUGAACGAGGACCAGCGCGAGUCGCUGCUGAAGAUCACGAUUAAGUGCGCCGACUUGAACGCGGUCGCCGCGGACAUAUCGAAAGCGGACGCGUGGGGCUUACGCAUCGUCGAAGAGCAGGCGACGCAGGGCGAACGCGAAGUCAGAGAACGCGUCCAACGAACGUUCCCGUCGCGCGACGUCAUCCUCGCCGAUUACUACAACUGCCAGGCGUACUUCGGCACCGAGGUCGUCCGGCCGUUGUUCGAGGCGUUCAUGACGUUCGCGUCCGCGGGGUUCCGAGACGUAACGCGCUCGCGGCUGAGCAACAACCUCAGAGCGUGGCAGCGCGGGCACAGACGCGCGUACGGGCUGCGCGCGACGAGGGAGAGAGAGAACGAGUUCAGACGCGCGGUGAUGUCGUCGUUCCUGGGCGCGAUCGCGCUCGCGGUGUACACGUUCUCGCGCCGCGAGCUGCUCACGCGGCAGCUCGCGGAUCUGAAACUCGCGUCGGAGGCGGGACCGAGCGGGCGGCUCCUCGACGAGUGUCGCGACGACGGCGCGCGUCUGUGCUCGUUCGCGCACCUCGUCGUCCAGAAAGGCGGGGUUCCGACCGUCGCGGCGACGCUGCGCGUGGUCAUCUCGAACGCGCGGUUCUGGAUGACGUGCUUCGCGGUCUACAUCGCGAGCGCGUGCGCGUGUCUCGGAUGCAUCAUCCUCUCUGCGUCGGAGCCGCGGUAUCUCUCGAGAGCGCUCUCAUCGCGCUUCGUGCUCGCGUACAUGCACUCGAUCAACCUCCUGCGCUUCGCGUUUUGCCGCCUCCGGCACGUCCUCGCGACGAGCUUCUACGAUGCCAAGGUGAGAGACUUCGCGUUCGCGCCGCUGAUGAGCAACAAGGCGCUGAGCGGACAGAAGCUGUUGGUAGCGCUCACGGACGCGCUCGGCGUCAACGUCGUCCCCGCGUUGUUUUCGUGUCUCUUCUUCGCCGGCGCGCCGGGGCUGGGGAUUCGGUACCACUUCGUUUGUCACGCGGCGAUAUGCGCGCUGCGAUUUCACAGCGAGGCAUCGUUCGAGGGGGACAUCUUCGCGGCGACGAUGGAGAACAUGGUCGGGAGCGUGCUGGCGUUUCCGGCGCUCGUCGCGAUAUUGGAGCCGAGGACGGCGGCGCGGUUGGUGCCGGGCUUCGCGCGUCUUGAGACGCUCGCGAGACGCGUCGCGAGGGGGGUGAAACUCAAGCUAUCUUGAGCACGGUGUGAUAGUAGUGUGUAACGUGUGUAUCUCAUUAGUCAGGGGGGCU